AUGGCGCAGAGUAGUCAUGGGUGGCAUGGCCAUGCAUUCCAACAUGCUAUCGCCGGUCUCCCGGGGCCUGGCGACGGCGCCGGACCGGGGACCGGGGCUAGGACCGGCGAUGUCGGCUUUGACCGCGUUGUUGAGGGCUUUCAAUCAUACCCAUCCGGGCAGCCGCAGUUCGACGAGCCGCAAUCCAGCCACCAAUUCUUGGGUCCGCAUAAUUUCAGCGUUUACCACCCAGUCCAUCCUGUUGAAAACUUUCCUGCCAAUACAUACGUUGGAUCCAACUUUCCGGAACAGCAACAGCCAACCUUUUACCAAAACAAUAACCCACGAUUUCUUCAUGGUCAUGGUACACCAAACAUACAACCAUUUACUGAGUCUCAAUUCAAUCCUCGUCAACAUUUUGAUUCCGGUCUUCGAUUCGAAAAUAAUUUUCAAGACCAAGUUCAUACAUAUAUCGAGCAACCCAGCCAGCCGGCUCUCGCGCAACAGCACUGGCAAUCGCCUGUUCCUGUAAAUUUUAAUAACAAUUCUCAACUGGUCUAUCAGCAAAGACACCAGGUACCUUCGUACCCUGGUGCUCAGAGCUUACCAGGAGAUCAGGGUGCCGAAUAUUAUCAUCCUGAAGGCCUAGAUCCUCAAGGCGCCCCGGGCCACCAGGGCCAUUACAUGGUUCAAUUUCAGGCCGACCAGGCAGGAAAUCAUCCAAAGCAAUUUGGGGAGAUGGCGACGCCGACGCCUAAUGCCUCCCAUGGAGAAGGCAAUGCUUCAUCGGCGGGAGCUAGCACCAAUGGUUUACAGGUGGCUGCAACCCCCGCUCCGCCAAUGGUCACUACUCAACCGCAAGCAUGGACCAAGCCGCUAGGCCUCAAAUAUUUGGAGGUGAAGAACGCGCCGACAACUAAAGUCAUCACUUUUAAGAACUUAGCGCCUCCGGAUUCCAAUUUUGAUCACUCCCUGCCGGCUAGUCCAGGUCCCGCAGGUUUGAUCCGUUCGCGGGGAUAUCGUUUGCCCUGUGAGGUGCGCUUCGAGUACGAAGAAGCAAAAAAGAAGAAGUUAGCGGGGAAGAUUGCUAGCCUCAUGGAUGAACAUAUCAUAGCAGUUGGUAGCAAAGUAUCCAAACCCGGUUCCCAAUCGACAAAAUCCAAGCCCCCUCCAAAACGGAAAUCCGCCAAGAUGGGGUCCAGAAAGAACGCAGGAAGCUCUGAUAGCAGUGAUGAGGAAAUCGAUCCCAUUGAUCUCGAAAGAGAACGGAUCCGAAAUCAUCCACGACCGGGCGAGGAGAUUGCGAGUGCUGUUAUUAAAAAGAUUACAGAGAAAUCUAUCAAAAAAACGAUUGAACCUCAGCUCACAGAGAAUGUCAAAAACAACAUUUCCCAAUUCGGUAGCUAUAUCAUAGAACUAUCGACCGAGGUCAAAGGCUUGAGAGAAAAGGUGAAGGCUGCUGGGAGUCAGAGCAGUCCUGAUGUCGAAUCACUCCGAACUACGUUGAAAACGAAGUACGACAUAAUACGCCGUUCCCUAGAGGCUGCAACCACAUUCGGCGAUCCCCACACUCUAUCACAGAUGGGCGUACAUAAGAAGUUAACUGCGAAUCUCUGCGUCUUAUUGCAAACCCAAUUUAUACCCCCAGUGAAUGACUGUAACGGUCCUUUAUCUAAGGCGAUUCUGAAGUUACUGUCACUCGUCGUUAAUGCAGAUUCAGAAACUUUGAUCCAAAAGUGCAAGUUGGAUCGCCUACAACAGAAGUUCAAAGGCGAAAUGGACGAAGAAACUGCUGGAUAUAUGGACAAGAUCUUCGAGAACGCUAAGAAACGAUCCGAGGAGGAACAGAUGAAAACUAUGGAGGCUGAGAAGACGGAAAGUGAAACGAAGAAACCUGAUACGGGGGCGUCCAAGAAGAAUCUUACAGGUGCCAAAGAUUCGCCACCUGUCUCCAAGGCAUCACUAGCGAGAAAGGAGACUCUCCAGAAGGAUAUUCUCCAAAAGAAGGCCACCGCAGAGAUCAAGAAGAUGCAACCAACCGACUAUUCUGGGUUGGGAUCCGCGAGGAAGAGAGCGAAUCCUUUGCCAGCACCUCCCAAGAGAUCAAGAGAUGAUGACCUCGAUACGAGGGCUUCCAAGAAAACCGCUGUUGAGGAUGCAACCGGUGCUCCUAGUGCGACUCCAACAACAAACGCUACAGUCACUUCUACCGCUACUUCGGCUACAACUCCGACAGCUUCCCAGACUUCGCUAACGGCAGAUAUGCAAGCUCGAUCUAGACCUAGCGGUUCUAUGCUCCCCGGUAGACCCCGAGCACAGCCUAAAGCAACGCCUAAACGAUCUGCUCCCGAACUGGAGCCUACCUUUAUCGGCACCUUACUUGGUGGUAUCGGUGGAAGUAAGUCGGAACCGAAACCUCGGCAGCCACCUGCACGAUCCGAAGAGCCCACAAGACCCCCGGAGACUCCAGAACAAGCGGCACGCAGAGAACGCAAGGAAUCUCGACGGCAUCUCCGUGUUUCAUGGAAACCGGGCGAUGAACUUACUGAAGUCAGAAUCUUCGAGCACGACACUGAGGAAGAUAAAGGUCGGGACCAUAACAUGCUCCUUGAUGCUCGAGAUAAUCGUUCCGAAGGUCAAAUGCUUAAGCAACGGAGGCGCGACAGUGAUGAAGAUUACGAAGAAAACUUGCCUAAGGAGAUUAUUCUGCAGGAAUGGAAAGAGCUAAGCCCAUGCAACGUUGCACACAUUCCUGAGGAAAAAGUAGAGAUGAACUUCGAGACGCGUGGGGGCAAACGUUCAGUUGAAUCGGACCAGAAAAAGGUCAUGGAUGAGUAUGAGCAACGGGAACUGAUGGCUAUUUACACCAGUUUUUCGGAGGUUCCAGCUACACCCAGGUCCCCAACUACCAGGAACCAGGAAGUGGGCCAACCAAAGAUCCAUGUUCUGCCGUCCGGCCCCACCAAAUGGCAAGAGUCGUUGCCCCCCCACAACACGAAGACCGCCGAAAUACACCACCGUUGGUACGAUUUUAUCGGACGCGGAUCUCAGGUUGCAUUAAAGGCAGCAAAGCUUCGACUUGAUGCUAAAUAUAAUCCGCAACCAGAGCAAUUACAGCAACCUCAUCGAUCGUCGCAACAAUCGCAGCAACCACAACAAUUGCAUUCAGGUUAUCAAGCAAACAUGUCGCGCCCACGCACACAGCAGGAGACUGAGCAGGACGUUCUUAACCUCCUACAGUCCAAUAAAGUAAAGAAUUAUGUAGACUCCGAUCCUUACGAUCCUGCAAACCCAAAGACCCAGCGUCGACAUGAUUACGCUGACCCGAAGGUGCAACGCGAUGCCGACGCACUGGAGGAUGUUUUCGCUAAGUUUAAGGGUAAACCGUUUCCAGCAACUGAGCCUCCCGAACACAUUCGUUCUAGCCCCCAACGUGUCGCAGAAUGGCAUGAAGGAUUCAAUCGUGACGUUCAAGCAAAGGCAGAUCGCCAGCAUCCACCACAGCAAGUUCAUUCUCAGUCCUACCAGCAACAAUCAGCACAGCCCGUGCAGUAUUUGCACCCACAAUAUCAACAAGCGCAUUACCAACAGGCACAAUAUGGGCAAGCACAAGGCCAACCCCAACAGCAAGUACAGGGACUGGAUAUUGCUGCCAUCCUGCAACGUAUUCAGAAUAACAAUAAUCCCGCCACUGCACAGCUUCAUGCGCAGCCUAUUGCACAACCUACACCUGAACGUAUCGCGCACCCCCAUCAAGGUGCUGCAGUUUCACCAGAAGAUGCUCAGAAAGCACGAAAUGCAGAGGUUAUCAUGCAAGCGCUUGCUUACGCGAAGGAACAGGGAAUUGGAAAUGCGUCUGCGUCGGCACCGGUACCGGCUCUAGCUCCGAACACCACACAGCCCGCGCCGAAUCCCUCUCUUCACGAUAUCUUAAACCAGUUAGGAGCGACCAGCAGCAAUCAGACCCUUGCCACCCCUUCACAGCCUUUGGAUUUUUCUCAAUGGGGAGGUUCUUGGCCACAGCCCCAGACUAACCAGGGUUAUGGUGGUUAUGGAUAUAACACUCAGUCGCAGGCCUUUGGCGUCCAAGCCCAAUCAACUCUAUCACAGGGCAACACCGACUCACAGAUACCUUUCGGAUCUCAAGCACAGUCCUCCCAAUCACAAAAGGACAUGCAAACAAGAAACCAACAACACCAGCGUGAGAACAACGACCGUGGUAAUCGCAAGGGUUACCACCGUGGUAACAAGGAUCGCAAGGGAGGUAAUCGCUCUCUCUAUGGAACAGUGCCCUGUAAAUUCUGGGCUUCUGGUGAAUGUCGUAAGGGGGACGAAUGCACUUACCGUCACGAUCCUAACGAUCUUAAAUAA